AUGUAUCUAGAUGGAACACAGGCAACGCCACAAGACAAUGCAACUGCUUUCCAGUUUUUCUUGAAGAGCACUGAUAAGAACAAUCAAAUUGGACAAGCCGGCUUGGGGAUCAUGUACUUACAAGGACGAGGUGUUCCGAAGAACUACGAAAAGGCCCUUCGAUUGUUCAGCCUUGCUGCAGAACAAGGAUGGGUUGACGGACAACUUUAUCUUGGGCUCAUGUUUUACAAUGGACUUGGUGUGAAGAGAGAUUUCAAGCAGGCGCUCAAAUAUUUCCAAAUGGCGAGUCAAGGAGGACACGUGCUGGCUUACUACAAUUUGGCUCAGAUGCAUUCCACAGGAACGGGUGCUAUUCGCUCUUGUAACACGGCUGUGGAGCUAUACAAAACGGUGGCUGAGAGGGGACGAUGGACAGAGAAAUUGAUGCAAUCAUAUCAAGCGUAUAAGGAUGGCCGCACUGAUGAAGCAGCUCUGAAGUAUCUCUUCAUGGCCGAACUUGGAUACGAACAUGCGCAGACGAAUUUUGCAUUCAUUCUUGACAGAGGUGAAGUUUCGGCGCUAUUCCCAGAGGAGAAACAUGAAGUUCUCGAAAGAGCUCUUGUUUCAUGGCAACGUGCAGCGAAUCAAGAAUAUCCGGUGGCUCGAGUUAAGCUUGGCGACUAUCAUUAUUAUGGAUGGGGAACGGAACCGGAUUACGAAUUGGCUGCGGCUCAAUAUCGACUCGCAGCUGAUCGACACAGCACCGCUCAGGCUAUGUUCAAUCUCGGAUACAUGCACGAGAAUGGACUAGGAAUUACGAAGGAUAUCCACUUGGCCAAGCGAUUCUACGACCAGGCGGCUGAACAAUCGCCUGAUGCCUUAGCUCCUGUCUACCUGGCCCUCAUGAAGCUCGGCUUCAAAUUCAUCAUUGAAUAUAUCAAUCAAAAUCAGUUGGUCAAAUUCUUGGAGGAGUCGAUCGGCGAAAAUUGGGAUCUCUACGCGAUGACGAUUGCCGUCGGAGUGUUGAUAGCUGGUGCUUUUGCGAUACACCGAAGGAUUCGAGGACAU